AUGGAUCAUCGAUUAUACACCGUUUCCGAUCAUCAAAUCGUUAAUCGUCCGACGAGUAGUGGUAUGAGUAGUACCGUAGAAUCGUUUUCCGGACCGAGAUCUACUACAACGACGAUGACGAUGACGAAACCUUUAACGACGAAGAGAUAUCCGAGAACACCGCCUGUUGUACCGGAGGAUUGUCAUAGCGAUUGCGAUUCGUCGUCGUCUGUUGUUGAUGACGGAGACGAUGAUCUCGCUUCGUCUUCACGUCGUCGGAAUCCACCGUUUCAAUUUGAUCUGAAUUUUCCACCGUUGGAUUUUUUCAACGGUUCAGAUGAUCUUUACUGUACCGAUCUACGUCUCUAA